AUGAGAAGAGUUGAAAUUAAUGAAUUGGAGGUAAAAGAACUCUUGAGAAAAUUUGGUUGCUCAAUCACUGGUAAUAUAAAGAUGGUUAAACAUCUGAUUACUGGUGCAUUAGAACAUCUUGUGAUCAAAACCAUUAUCAAAAAAACUAAUGAUUACUUUGAACUUGAAGAGAAUGAUAAAUAUGGCAAACAAGAUGAUGAUAAACAUGAUGAUGAAAAGCAAUUACAGACUUUAGAAAUGAAAGUAGUCAAGAUAACAGAACAACUGUUGAAGUUAACAGAUUCAAUUUCAAUAAAUCAUACCAGAAUUGAUGAAGUUAACAAAGCUGCUUCAACAAAAUUACAACAACAAAUUUAUGAUAUUCUAGAUUUAAUGAAUCAUUAUCAUACAAUUAGAAACCCAGAAAAAUUGUCAAAAAUUGAAAGCUUGAAUGAUGAGAUUGUUAGACAAAUUGUUAAUAUAUUUUUUUUCCAAUUGAAAGCACAAGAACCUGUUGCCCAUUGGAAAUUUCUUAUGAAUAAAACAAGCAUCGAUAACACUAUGAUGGAAGGAUCUUGGGACAUAACUGAGCUUGAAGAUUUGCAUGUUGAUAUUUAUGUGUUUCCAAUGAUUGUAUCUAAUCUUUGCAAAGCUGAUGAUAAAAAUUGA